AACAAUUAUUGGGUCUUGUAGAUCUGCCAAAAGAGGUAUGGGAGAUCUAUUUGCGUGGCUUAUAUCAUUCUUUCUCCUCAUAGCUAUUCUUGGUAUUCUCCUUUACCAGCUUAUGUGCUUGGCUGAUCUUGAAUAUGAUUAUAUCAAUCCUUAUGGUUCAGCAUCUCAAAUAAAUAAGGUUGUUUAUCCAGAAUACAUUACUGAAGGAGUACUGUGCUUCCUCCAUCUUAUUACUGGGCACUGGGUUAUGUUUUUGCUGUGUCUUCCAUCCUCAUGUUAUAAUGCGAAAUUAUAUUCUGAGCGGCGGCAUUUGGUCGAUGUAACUGAGAUCUUCAACCAGCUUCCCUGGGAGAAGAAGCGAAGAUUGUACAAGCUUGGAUACCUCGUGAUAAUUCUAGCCUUGUCAAUAUUCUGGAUGAUUUGGAGCAUCGUGGAUGAAUGAGCAAUCUGGAUUUGGUGCCCUGACUGUUCUAGAUUUAUUUAUUAGCUACACUAGCUGCUGAUUUUGUCCUGGAAUUGUUGUAUUGGGGAUAAUAGUUUUCGAUGCAGCUGCCAGUAUAAACCGGAAUUCUAACCUGGGUUAGCAUUCAAAACCAUUUGCAGACACAUUGUGAUCCUUGUAAUGGAAUGUUUGGUUUGUUGGACCGCAAUGUACUUUGGAUAGAAUAAAAUGAGAAAAGGAGGUUAGAUUUUUGUCUAUUGUAUUGUUGAGUAUUGUCUAAUACAGCAUACCAAGUAUACUCCCAAGUCUCCAACUGAUUGCGAACGGCUUCAGCUAGGGUGGGAAAGAAAGAUUACAUUUUUACUUUUGUGAUAGUUCUUUCUUGGGCAAUUUCAUUCCACUUAUCGCUUGUUUGAUAAGGUGACGGUUAUAAUUUUAUUUUAUUUUUACUUGUACUUUUGAAUUUCAAUAUUCUAAUAGUUUUUUAUGAAA